GCCGCGUCCCCCUGCGCCGCCCCGGGCCGGCCGGCCGGACGAGCCGCCAUGCGCCCCGGGCCGCCCCGCGCCGCGCUCCGCCUGUGGCUGGGCUGCGUCUGCCUCGCGCUGGUGCAGGCGGACAGCCCCUCGGCCCCAGUGAAUGUCACUGUCAGGCACCUCAAGGCCAACUCUGCAGUGGUGAGCUGGGACGUCCUGGAGGAUGAGGUUGUCAUCGGAUUUGCCAUCUCUCAGCAGAAGAAGGACGUGCGGAUGCUGCGCUUCAUCCAGGAGGUGAACACCACCACCCGCUCGUGCGCCCUCUGGGACCUGGAAGAGGACACCGAGUACAUUGUGCACGUGCAGGCCAUCUCCAUUCAGGGCCAGAGCCCAGCCAGCGAGCCAGUGCUCUUCAAGACCCCUCGUGAGGCUGAGAAGAUGGCGGCCAAGAACAAAGAUGAAGUGACCAUGAAGGAGAUGGGGAGGAGCCAACAGCUGAGAACCGGCGAGGUGCUGAUCAUCGUGGUGGUCCUGUUCAUGUGGGCCGGCGUCAUCGCCCUCUUCUGCCGCCAGUAUGACAUUAUCAAGGACAACGAACCCAAUAACAACAAGGAGAAGACCAAGAGUGCGUCGGAAACCAGCACACCAGAGCACCAGGGCGGAGGUCUUCUCCGCAGCAAGAUAUGAGAACCUUUUCAGUGCUCGCUCUGAGCAGCUCAGAAGAGACGGUGGAGAAGUGAGAGAUGUCAUGGUUCUGACGAUGAUUAUCCAACAAACAUCUGGCCCUCUCCACAUCUCCUCCCUCCAUCUCCUCACACCCCCUGGCUUACUGUCCUCUCUCUUGGCUUCUCUCUUUCUGCUGCGUUUUCCUGAAGCCUCUUUUUAACCCCCAUCUCCAGAAGCACCUCAACAAUGUCAGUGGCUGAGGCUGCGCUCAGAGGCAGGUCCGCAGGAUGCGCGAGAAACGGCCGGCGGGAUGGCCCUGCCGGGGGUGGACAGGGGGCCUGGGGCCGAGGGCCCAGCACCCAGUCUUGGCCACUAAGCGAGUGAGGCCGAAGGCUGGGUUUAAGAAGGCAGAGAGACGAGGCACGCGGGCAGGGCCACUCCUUUCCUUCCACGCGGGACGAGAGCCUGGGUUUUAGGCUGCAGCCCUUCCUUCUCGUGUCCUCUCUCUAGUUCCAACCUUGCAAGAAGUCUAUUCAAUUAGCCCUGGCUGCUUCUCUCAUUUUUUUCCUCCCAGUUUCCAAACAAGCCCUCGGUGAACAUCAUCGAAGCAUGACUGCCUGUCUGCAGGGAGAAGGAUUUCAUUUUUCUUCUCUGCUGUCCCCGGGUCCAUGGGCACCCGGACGGGGAGGACUGCGGAUGGGGGGAGGCACAGCCGGCCGCACCGUUGGCACUCUUCCCCAUCCUAGUCUGCUGAAGGAAACCGAACUGUGAACCCAAAAUCUGCAAAAAAUAAACAAGCCACAAAACUAAAAGGCCUGGCCCCAUUCUGGAAAAGGCAAAGCUGCAUGAGACACAGCCUUCUUUCUGCCUCCUCACCUCUUCUGGACUGGCUUCCUCUUUGAGACAAUGCACAGAGCUCCCGGGAGAUGACAAGCACCUAGACUGACUUCAGCUGUGUCUUUCAGACUGAGAGCCUUCAGGAAAGCCACAGGGCAGGAGCACGGCUGCCAGCAAGCCUUUCCUGGAUCCAGCCAUCAAGGACUUGUGGUGUGAUGCACAACUUUGCGAGUGUGUAAGAUGUUAUGUUUUGUCUCUUUGGAAAAUGUGACGGAAGGACUUCACUCCAGAGGGCAGAGGAAUUCCCCAAGCUGGUUGCCCGCAGCCUCUGUCUUCUUUGGCCCUUAUUUUGACCCUUAACAUAAUUAGUCCGCAGUCUUAAGAAGACGAGGUAGGAAAGAGACCUGGACGGUACUGGCCCCAUUUCUUUAGGAAGAGUCUUGGAAUUGUGACAAUGUUGGCUUACAUGACUGAAAAGGUGUGUCCGCAUGGGACAUCCUGGGGGCUGCUAAAUCACCCGCUCUGGAAUGGAAGCUGCUAGAAGGCAGGCCUGAGCCAUUUACCACAGACAGAGCAGCCCUGGCCUCCGGGGUCUCCAUAUCUUGCCAUCUCAUCCAGGGUUCUGUGAAAGCUACCCAGGGUCCUCAUGUCCUUCCCUAGAGCCUGAGUGGUGUGAGGUGACAGGUCUCUCUCUCCACUGCCCCUUUCUGGCAAACAAAACAAAACAAAACAAAAAUGGUGCUUGACAAGGGAAGGCAGACUCUUCCCUAGGACUGCAAGUUACAGCCGCUGAAUGCCUGCGUGGGAAGAGAUGGGCCUCUGCGUCUUCCAUUGGUGGCUAAGGACGGGCAUGUGGGAGGACCACACCUAGCACAAGCCUGGCACACAGUAGGCGCUCAGUGAAUACCUGCUGCACUGAAUGGUAAGAGCAGUGGCCCCCAAGCCAGAGAGCUGAAAGCCAUCACCCAAAGACCGGCCCCACCAUCCGGUCUAUAAGAGCUCUCGUGGCUAGGCCAGCCACUGCUCUGCUUCGCCCUGGUGUGGCAGCACAGGGAGGGAGGAGAGACAGGGUGAAAGGCAGAUGUCAGCAAUACUAAGGGCUUCCUCAUGGGAGGGCAUGAGGCUCCACUCAUCGUCUUGUGACUUCCAUCCCUACUGAAUGGGACUGCAAGGCCAAGGCUGCUUAGGGGAGAGGUCCUUACCUCUGAUUCAGUUAGAGCAAUAACCUCUUUUUAAAUGUAAAAUAAAAGACAAAUGAAAAGGCA